UAAAGAUUAUUGUGGUGAUAGAUGGUAGCUAGUGUAGGUGUGAGCUUAUCAAUGGCCUGCGGCAUUCCAUUACGUCUCUCCGCUUUCCCAAGCACCACAAUUAGGGCUACACUUCCCCAUUUACACGCGCCUUCUAUCUCCAGCCGCCCGAGUCCUCUCAGCUCCAACUCAAUGAGUCAACCCGCCACAACGAAUCACGCGGAUGUUGUAGUGCAGUACGUGGUGCUCCGCCGAGACCUUAUCGACACGUGGCCGCUAGGGAGCGUGGUCACUCAAGGUUGCCACGCUUCUGUUUCCGCCGUUUGGUUCAACAAAGACGAUCCUUUCACCGUCGAUUAUUGCAGCCCCGAUAAAAUUGAUUCUAUGCACAAAGUUACACUUGAAGUAAAGGGGGAACCCCAGAUCAAAAACUUGUCUGAGAAACUUACAGCUGGUGGGAUUAUUCACAAACUGUGGAUUGAACAACCUGAAAACAUACCUACGUGCCUUGCAACAAAACCUUACCCCAAGUCAAUCGUGUCUUCAUAUUUUAAGAAGUUGAAACUAUGUAAGUGAUUUCAUUUUUGAUGUUGCUUUUGUUAUCCCUCUUGCUCCUAUUUGGUGGAAAAUGCACUGAACAUCAAGAGGAGGGGAAUUUUUUAUUCUUUGCCUUCUCCCCUAAAAGUCACAUUAGAGCAAAUGACUGUUAAGUUUAUUAACAAUUUAAGCCCAAUUUUAUUUUGACUUGAGAAUAUCAAGAGGAGGGGCGGGGGUACGUUUGGGCCAUUUAAAGGUGGUUUUGAUUUUCAAAGGUUGUCGUUUAUUUAAAUCGUUUUGGGCGUUCUGAGACUGUGCCUUUCUGCACUACUACUUGACGAAAUCUGAACUGGGAAGAGGCCUUGUUUUCUUUUGGCAAGUAAAUUGUUGUUCUACUUGUUUGCAUUUGAA